GUCACUCGUAUUUUCUUCGCUGACAGGCUGACGAACAAGAACUCGAAACGAGCACUACAAACAGCAUAUGAUAGAUAUUCCUGUCUCUGUUCUGUGUCCACAGCAAACAUUUAAUUGACAAACAAUGUGAUGAAUUUUCCAGUGAAAUAUGUUUUCAGAUAACGAAUUUGAAGUGGUAUUGAAGGAAUUUGAGGAUCCAGAUUUGUCACAAUAUGAGUUCUUUCUUGAAACCAUGGAUGUCACAAUUUACCGGAAAUUCAUUCAGAGCUCUGGGCUAUAUGAAUAUAAAGUUCUUGGAAACAUUGGUUGCCAUGGAAGUGUUUGUCAAGAAGUAUACAUGGAUCUAGAUUACAGAAAGUCUUGGGAUUCAUAUGUGGCUGAACUGAAAGAAGUUCAAACUGACGACACCUUUGUUAUUUAUUGGGAUGUGAAAUAUCCAUUUCCAUUGUCAAAUCGAGAUUAUUGCUAUGUGCGAAAAUUAAGGCACUUUGUGCAUAAUGGAAAAGAUACAUGGAUCAUCUUAUCAAGAAGUUACAAGGUUGAGUCUAUCCCAGUCAAGAAAAGAGCUAUAAGAGUGGAGGACUAUCAUCAGUACAUGGUUAUUCAAGAUGAUGGAUUUAAAAACACUAAAGCAUAUAUGCACUACUAUGACAACCCAAAGGGGAUGAUUCCAACUUGGUUUAUCAAUUGGGCAGCAAAGACUGGCAUACCAUCAUUUUUGAUGUCAAUGAAAUUGGCCUGUGAAUCAUAUGAACAACAUAAAACUGAGAGAUCAAAAGCUGCGAAGAAGUCCUAGCAACAAGGUAAAAAAAUGAGAAGAUGAAAUGUUGCAAAUCAUUGGCCUAGUCUGUGCUCCCUCUGCCAUGCUUUACAUCAUCAAAUGUAUUAAUCAAUUUUCUAUGAUAUGUCCUAUUUGCAUGUUCAUAUAA